AUGGCAGAGCCUCCAGAAGAGGCCCCAGACCAAUCCUUGGGACGUGAAAGCACAGCCGCGCCCCCAACUGUAGGCCACACUAAUGUCCAGGAAGAAGACAACCAGAAGACCCAGGCCAAAGAGGAGGCAGGUAACCAAACUGAUCACAGAAUAGUGGGCCAAACUGACCACAGACUGUCUGGCCAGGCUGAACCCUACUUAUUUGGCCAACCUGACCACAAAGUAUCUGAAUACGCUGAGGCCAGAACAUCUAGUCAAGCUAAUCUUAGAGUAUAUAAUGAGGUUGACCAAGGAUGGUUUGAACAGACUAAAGGCGAGUCAUCUAGCCAAGCUGAUAAUGUGGAGUUUGAAGAGGAUGACGACCAGGUGCUUGACCUGACAGACCGAAGAAUUUCUGACCAGAUUGGCCAUAGAAUGUCCAGCCAGGCUGAGAGAAGAAUUUCUGAGCAGACUGACCACAGAUUGUCUGGCCCAGCUGGCCAAGGAAGUUCUGAAAAAAUUGACCUUAGAUCAUCUGGCCUGGUUGACCAAAAAACUAAAUGGAUUGACCAGAUACUGCCUAACCAAGUUGAGCACAGAACAUCUGUAAAGACUCACCACCAAGUAUAUAACCAAGACACUAAACUAGCUGAACACCAGGCUGUUGAUCAAGUUGACAGCCAUGCUGAUCAACUUAUAGUUGACAAGGCUGACUACAGUGAAUCUGACCAGGCUGACCACUUAGCGGACAAACAGGCUGAGCAUGAAGAAGACCACCUGCCUUACUAUGGAGCACUUGGCCAGUCUGAGGACAAAACAUUUCCCAAGUUUGGCUACAGCAAGGAGCACAAAGAUGCUGACUACAGAAUACAGCCCUGCAAAUUUGAGGACAGCCAAACACACCUCAAUUCCAAGCUUUUAUUUGCAAUGGAAACUGAAACUAAAAGUGCGAGUGUUAGCCAAGCCUACAACCCAGCUGAUUCCAGAUUCACCAGUAAUUUUCAAGCAAGAGACCCAGCCUUUUUCCAGAGAUCCUCCUCCAUCUCACCCAAAUUGGACUAUCUCAUCAGUCAAGAAAAACCUCAAGCCAUAGAAACCAAUUCUGAUUUUUCAGAAUUCAAGCAAGAAAAGAGUUCUCACACAUACAAUCAAACUUAUAGGAGGAGGUUCCCUCUUAUAGUAUAUGAAGAUCCUUAUCAAGUUUCACUCCAAUACGUGGAGAAACACCACAUUCUGCAAAUAUUCCAGAUCACCGAAAAAUUAGUCUAUGAAAAGCCAGAGGACCCUCUCAAUUUUAUGCUGUGCCAGGAAUCCUUCCAUCCUCGGUCUUGCCUUUCAAUCCCUUAA